AUGGAGUAUCAACCAUUGAGGGCGCCGCCAACGGCUGUUGCUGCCCCAUCGUUCCAGUCGCAUUCCGAGUCGUCAUACUGGAGAAAUCAGUUCCAGUCACCAAUUUUUCUCAAGGAAUUUGCGCCAGUGACUUGCAUCCAUUUCGUACCACACACUCAUGCAUCGGGCGAUGAGCUAAGUAUGAAUGGCGCUUCUGCGUCCGUUGCUGGGUCUCGUGGCCGUUUUGCAGUAACGACAGGAACACGCGUUCAGAUAUACAGUAUGCGCACGAGCCGCGUCGUGAAAACGAUCACCCGGUUCAAAGAUGUGGCUCGCAGUGCCCAUUUCCGCUCGGACGCUCGUCUGCUCGUGGCCGGUGAAAAUACUGGUAACGUUCAAGUGUUUGAUACCAACUCGCGCACGAUCCUUCGUUCGUUUCAAGGCCAUCAGAUGCCUGUUCAUGUUUCGAAAUUCUCGCCUGAUGUGACACAAGUGCUCACUGCGUCUGAUGACCGCACCGUGCGUAUGUGGGACAUGCCGGAGCAGAAAGAGACGUGCAGAUUCGAUGCACACUCAGAUUACGUACGUGCGGGCGUUGUAUCGCCCGAAAAUCCGAGUGUCAUAAUGUCCGGUUCGUACGACGGAACCGUGCGUCUAUGGGACAUGCGUAUGAGUGAGCAGAACGGACAGGCAAUGCGCAUGGACCAUGGCGCUCCGGUUGAAGAUGUGCUUGUUUAUCCAACAGGGGGUAGCGGGAUAGCUGUGAGUGCUGGCGGGCCGUUCCUUCGGGUGUGGGACUUGCUGAGCGGCGGGCGAUGCAUGCACACGAUAUCGAACCACCAGAAGACCAUCACCAAGCUAGCACUGUCAGUUGACUCAGGUGCGGGCUUUACAGCCGACGGAAGCAGCGGAGGCAUGCGCUUGCUGAGUGGCGGUCUCGACCACCUGGUCAAGGUGUAUGAUCCAGCACAGGACUAUCGCGUCACACAUACCAUGCGGUAUCCGGCGCCGAUUUUGAGUCUAGCGGUCAGUCCUGACGAAAGUCAUAUCGCCGUGGGAAUGUCCGACGGUACUUUAUGCAUUCGGAAGCGUGAACUCAAGGCUAGCGAGCUUGAGAGCCGGCAGCGUCGGCAUGCCGCAUUCCGCACGGGUGCAUAUCAACAUUUUGCCGAUACGAAUAGUACUGCCCCUGUGCGAGCCAGUGCUGCGACGAAAGUCGAUGAGCUUUCAGUGGAGUCAACUCGUCGACAACGUCUUAAGCGAUAUGAUCAGCUUCUUAAGGCAUUUCGGUACCGCGACGCAUUGGAUGCAAGCUUACAACAAGGUGUACCGGCUAGCGUGACAUUUGCACUCAUCAUGGAACUUAUUCGCCGCUCGCCUAGCGGACAAGCUGACGGUCUUCGACGUGCCGUUUCUGGUCGCGACGAUAUAACGUUGGAACCAUUACUUCGUUUCUUGCUACGGCAUGUGACGAACCCGCAAUACACAAACCUUGUCUGUGAUACCCUAAACAUGAUUAUCGAUACAUAUGCAUCGGUACUUGGCCAAUCGCCCAUUAUUGACGAUCUGUUCGGUCGGAUCUGGGCUAAGCUCGGUGAGGAAAUGCGCCUUCGAACGCAACUCUUCCAGGUAAAUGGUGCAUUGGAGAUGCUUCUUGCUCGUUCUGCUCUUAGUGCUGCCAUGUCGUAG